AUGAAGCAAAUAAACAAUGUGACAGAAUUCAUCCUGCUUGGGCUGACACAGAAUCCAGAUGUGCAGAAACUCUUACUUGUCAUAUUUGCACUCAUCUACUCCCUUACCCUCAUUGGCAACCUGCUCAUUAUUGUUACAGUCAUCUCUAGCCCAACACUGGGAUCCCCCAUGUACUUUUUUCUGUCCUUUUUAUCCUUCGUAGAUGGCUGCUGCUCUUCCACCAUGGCCCCAAAAAUGAUAUAUGACUUACUUGCUGAAAAAAAAACAAUCUCCUUCAAUGGCUGCAUGACUCAGAUCUUUGCAGAACAUUUCUUUGGUGGAGUUGAGAUCAUCCUGCUCACAGCUAUGGCCUAUGACCGCUAUGUGGCCAUCUGCAAGCCACUAUAUUACAUGAUCACAAUGAACAGGAGAGUAUGUGGCUUCCUGGUUUCCACGGCCUGGGCUGGGGGAUUUCUUCAUGCUUUGAUUCAAAUUCUUUUUAUGGUCUGGUUGCCUUUCUGUGGCCCAAAUAUCAUUGACCAUUUUAUCUGUGACCUUUUCCCUCUCUUAAAACUUUCCUGCACUGACAACCACAUCUUUGGACUCUUUGUUGCUGCCAACAGUGGGCUAAUUGGGCUAAUGUGUAUGCUAAUUUUUUCUAUUCUUCUCACCUCUUAUGUACUCAUCUUUUGCUCUCUAAAGACUCAUAGCACAGAAGAACAGCUGAAGCCUCUCUCCACCUGUACCUCCCAUAUUACAGUGGUCCUCUUAUUCUUUGUACCCUGCAUAUUCAUUUAUCUUAGGCCCAUGGUCAUUUUCCCCUUUGACAAAGUUGUGGCUGUGUUCUAUACUGUGAUAACACCCAUGCUAAACCCUUUAAUCUAUUCCCUCAGAAACACAGAAGUGAAAAAUGCCAUGAGAAAACUCUGGAACCAAAGAAUACCUGGGAAAAGAUUUACAUGA